CGAGACUCAAUUCUCCCAACACAAAGGUAUUUCCCAUGGUUCCAUGGGAUACCAUCCGUGGGAAACAAACUGUGUGUGUGUAAAAUAAACGUAAUUUGUCUGAAGAGAAAUCUUGCACAUGUAUUGUCUAUGCGGAACAAGAUUGUGAAUAUGUCAUAUAUUUCUGUGGAGGAAAUUUCUCUGUUUCGCAGCGUAAAUUGUUACUUUAGAAAUUUAGAAUCGCGUGGAAUCACUUGGAUAUAAUAAUUCACGGAAAAGUAUCUUCGAUUGAUUUUGGAAUUGGACGGAAACGUGGAAAUCUAAUUCGUAGAUAGGAGGAAUGUGAGGCAACCUGUUUCGUGGUCGUGUGAAUUUCUUUCUGCAUGUUGUCGCACACAUACAACUGGCAUUGUGUGUGAGCGUGUGUAUGACAUCAACAAUAUGGCCACCGACAUCUACAGUGCACUGGAAAAACAUGCAUUGUUUAUGUUCCAAACUCGUCAGGAAUCAUGAAUUUCCUAGCCAGCUUGAAAUUAGCUUCUCCCUGGUUUCCCCCGUAAAGAUAUUAGGUGUAUAGCACACCAAUGUAGAUAUUGAUUAAGGCCACUUUAGUAGUUUCUUUCAACCACUGUAGGAAGUGGACACAUGGAUUUAUACUUUGGAUAUAUUUUAAGAAGUGACUUAUUUAUCAUGCUGCUUGUGGAUUUACCUUACAUCGACGCACGAGAGUGACAUAAGAAAGACUUGAAGCAAAGACUUGAAAGCUUUGUCGCAGGUUGGUGACAACAGCGACAAGGGGGGCGCAAUGCAGAAAGGGGCGGCCAACUCCAGGCCGCAGAUCUUCGUAGGGAACCACAGAAAAAUGCUGCGUGACAUCUCCGAUAGCCUGCACCACCUCCGGGUUAACCAGCCGAGUGACUCGAGCGGGAGUGGGGCGCAAUUAUCGCAAAAUGGCAACCAUGCCAAUGGGAGCAACUCAGGAGGGGGAGGGGAGGGGGUACGACUACAGACUGGUGGGGACAAGAGUAGUAGGAGGGCAGGAUAUAAAGAGAAACUGGACAUUAUCAGGAACAGUCUCCCAGAGCCUGGAUUGAAGAUGCAGCAGUAUCAUCAUCAGCAGCCUUCGCCUAUCCCCUAUGAUGAGCAGGAAAGCGGAGCGAAAGUCUCCCAGAUCUCCAGGCUGUACCAGCAGCAGCAGCCCAAGGGUCCAGACUCUCCGGAUAGUAGCAUCAGGGACGGCAGUAGCUACGCCAGCAGUACAGACAGCUCCUCACUCAGCAACGGUAGUGGGUACCGCACUGUCCCAGCACCUCAUGGGUUCAAGCGGAAAUCUAGCUACGAUGACAGAGGGCAGCCACUACUACAGUCCAACGCAGCUGGAGAUGCCUUGCAGCACCCAUCACCGUACGGCCAGCAGACUUCCCGUCAACAGAUCCACCUAGGUGGUAGCGACAAUACCCGCAGUCUUUCAUCCAUAUCUUCAAACAACUCCUUCAGCGAUGGCAGGUCCUCUUCCAUUCAACAGCAGCAGCAGGCAGCAUACCCUGGCCGUUCCUACACAUCCAUAAUGGCCGCUGGUGACAAUUUGGCACCAAACUCACAGGGAAUGCCUUUUGCAGGAUCAGUUGCACCCGGUGGUGACAGUAGACUCCAAACGCAGUGGAACACCAUGAAUUACAGCGGUUACCCUGCACAUUCGAGAGACAGUAGUGGGCAAAUUCAUAUAACUGCCGGUAGGGCUCCGCCGAACAAUCUGCAAAGCACAAACCAUAAUAGAUCAGUGCCAUCUAUGGAAAGGACAAAGGUAGCAAAUAUGUUACAUAUAGGUAACAAUGGUGAUAUUUACCAGUCGUAUGUGAAUCCAAAAAGAGACAAUUCAGGGUAUGUGUCGAGCCUGACUAUGAGUAGAGUGCCAGGGCCAGCUGAUAGCGGUUACAACCAAAUAACAAUCAAUCCUGAGGACAGAACUAUCAAAAGGCAAACUGUUAUUACAAUCUCAACAACAUCGUCAACAACAUACUCAACGGGAAAGCAGUUUACCGUGUCGGAUCCUAUGUCUUCGCAUAAUCCGCCUCCUUAUCCGCAAGGAAGGACUUACAAUGUUCAAGCCGCAACGGCAGCUGCGCAAGGUCAAAGCAUUCCCCAGUCCAAUGGAUAUGACUUGGGACAAAGACAUGGAACAAUGACAAAUGCCACCUACUCUGUACAAAGCACACAAGUGUCCAGUCAGUUGGCAGCACAGCAUAACCCACAAGCCGGGUCAAAUGUGACUUAUAACGGGCAGAGUCCCAACAUGUCAAAUCACCUGAAUGUGCAACAUGGUUCCACUUCAAAAGAGCAGCAUCGAAGCUCUGCUCAUAUUAUGAUUUUACCACCCGACAAUCAGCCUAACAUGUAUAGCCAGGACAUGAUAAGUGCUAUGAUCAGUAAAACUCAGCCUCCUCCGAGCUACGAAUUCAGCACUCAACAUCGGCAGACCCCAAAUUCUAUUCAGACUCAAGCAGGGCACAUAGGUGGGCAACAGCAGAGAGGAGGCACACCAACCAUGACUCAACAGCAGUUCAAUACAGCAAGACUCACUCCCCAGAAUAGUCAGAAUCCUAGCAAUAGCAGUACUGUAUUCAAGCCAAUUCCGUCACAGAUGGGAGGAGGCAACGUGGUACAGAUUCAGACCCAGCUCCCUCAGCAUCAUCAACCGCAGCCUGCUGUGGUAACGAUUAGCCGCAUUGAUCCGAACAAUGAUUUAACGGGAGGUAGCAAACCGCCUCCACCAUAUAGGCCAGCAGCUCCUGUGCAGAGUGUGGAAAUGAAGACCAAAGACUUGCAUCUCAAAGUUCCCGUCCCUGUUCCUGCUGCUGUUAGUUCAACUGCCCUCCCAGGGCCAGGUUACUCUUCACCACCUAUUCUUCAGUCUGUUCGAAGUACCACGGUGGCUAAACCUGUCCUACAGAAAGCCCAUGGUCCUGACCAGCCUCCACCUGCUAGGGGUUCAUCCCCAGACACAGUCAGCACUCAAAGCACCAGCACACAGAGCUCCUCCACAAGAUCAGAAUCCCCUCUUGUCAGACCUCCCUCUCUUAUUUCAGAGAUCUCGGAUGUUGGUGAUCUUGAGAGUGCAUCCAGCGAUUCCCAGCCUCUCGAGAAGAGCAGAAUAGAAUCCCCUGUUCCUGAGCGACGCAACAAGGGUAGGCAUAAGGAGAGGUACGAGCCUCGGGUCAAGACCUACAAUCCGCAAGCCUACAAAUUUUACAUGGAGCAACACGUUGAAAAUAUCCUCAAGUCGCAUCGGCAAAGAAUCACAAGGCGGAUGCAACUUGAGCAGGAGAUGCAGCGUGUAGACCUAACCUCUGGGGACCGUGACCAGAUGAGGCGUAUGCUCUUCCAGAAGGAAUCCAACUACCUCCGCCUCAAGCGUGCCAAGAUGAACAAAUCCAUGUUCAAGAAGAUCAAAACCCUUGGCAUUGGAGCCUUUGGUGAGGUGGCUCUUGCCAGGAAAGUUGACACCAAUGCCUUAUACGCUGUAAAGAAGCUACGGAAGUUGGAUGUCAUCCAGCGCAACCAGGCGGGCCACGUGAAAGCAGAGAGGGACAUCCUGGCAGAGGCGGACAACGAGUGGGUAGUCAAACUCUACUACUCCUUCCAGGACAAGGACAACCUGUACUUUGUGAUGGACUACAUCCCAGGGGGUGACCUGAUGAGUCUCCUGAUCCGUCUAGAGAUCUUCGAGGAGGACCUGGCCAGGUUCUACAUCGCUGAACUGGUCCUGGCCAUAGAGAGUGUACACAAGAUGGAUUUCAUCCACAGAGACAUCAAACCAGACAACAUCCUAGUUGACAGAGAUGGUCAUAUCAAGCUCACCGACUUUGGUCUCUGCACAGGUUUCAGAUGGACCCAUGACUCGAAGUACUAUCAGAAAUCUGGUCAUGCAAGACAAGACAGUAUGGAGCCCUUCGACACCAUGGACGGUGAGAAGUGCAAAUGCAUCAACCACUUCGCUCACAAAGAGAAAGAGCUGGACCUUUCAUCUCUCGACAAGCGCCCUCUCAAGACGCUGGAGAGGAGAAGGAAGCGGCAGCAGGAGAGGUGCAAGGCCCACUCCUUAGUUGGAACCCCCAAUUACAUCGCCCCUGAGGUCCUUACCAGAACAGGAUACACCCAGCUGUGUGAUUGGUGGAGUGUAGGUGUCAUCUUGUACGAGAUGCUUGUUGGUCAGCCACCGUUCCAUGCAGACUCACCCGCUGAGACCCAAUGGAAGGUGAUCAAUUGGAAACAGUGCCUUCACAUCCCGUCCCAAGCCAAGCUGAGCCGUGACGCCUCUGACUUCAUCCUCCGUCUGUGCACGGGACCCGAGGAGCGUCUGGGCAAGAAUGGCGUCCUGGACAUCAAGUCGCAUCCGUUCUUCCAGACCAUAGACUUGGACUCCAACAUCCGCAAGAUGAAGGCCCCCUACAUCCCCACCGUCCGCCACCCCACUGAUACCUCCAACUUCGAUCCCGUCUCGCCCAACAAGCUCGGCUCCGACUCCAGCACCGACAGCUGGGAUAGUAACCCCAACGAGGAGGAGAACCAUCGGCAGCAGACGGACCAUGCCUUCUUCGAGUUCACCUUCCGGAGGUUCUUCGACGAUAACGGGCAUCCCUACCCGAUGCCCAUCGACAUUGAUUCGUCGCCGGGACCGGGGGAGAUGGAGAGAUCGGAAGGAGAUGGAGCUGCUGCUCAAAGUAGCUUAGACAUGCAAGACAUGGUCUAUGUCUGAUUACGAUGACAUCAGUUAGUUUCUUUGAAACAAGAUCUUAACAGCACAUGAUGUGCUGCGACUUGUUUACAUUGUCUUUUCAUGUUUUGUUGUAUGGUAUGU